AUGGAGGAAGCCACGACACCAUCUUCGUCUGAAUCAUGUAGAAUGCCUUUAUCACAGUUGGCCAAAAAACACCUAUUUGAACCUGAUACUAGUGAGCUAGCCAAUCCAGUGAUUACGAAGUUAGGCGUACCACACGGCCAUCCUGAGCUUGGACCACGUGGAUGGACGGCAAGGCCAUUUUUCCCAGCUUGUUGUUAUCAACCUCCCGCACCUGGGCCUAGACUUGAUGAAGCUUCAACCCUUGGGACACAUAUGAUAUCCAAAGGUUUAGGCUGGGAGAAUCAUGAGGUUGAAUACGCUCCAAUGCCUCUUGGGUAUCUUGAAUGGGGUACUAAUGUCUUGAAGAAAUAUCAUACCCAUCUGAAGGGGAGUGAGGAAGGUGUUGAUUACGUCUAUGGAGCCAUUUAUUGUUCUUUAGGCGACUAUUCUGUCUCCCCUUCUCUUUUAAGGUCUUUAUUGGAGAGAUGGGAUCCCAACACCAACACGUUUUUGUUCUCGUCUGGCGAGCGUAUAGUCACACUUCUUGAUAUGCAUCAGAUCGCGGGGUUGCCCCUUGAUGGUGAACCUUAUGAAGAAUAUGUUCCCCUAGCUGAUGAGUUGGAUCCUUCGACUCUUUUGUACCCCAACUUCCUGCCUCGGCUCCUAGAAAUUUGGACCAAGCUUGCUGUGGGUGGCAAAGUAGGUUUCAAGGAAUGGUGUGACUUCUUUCACAAUAGUGGAGUAAACUCCUUUGCUACCAAGAGCUUAGAAGACCAGCGCGUGUACACUGCGGCUUUUCUUGCCAUAUGGCUUUGCCGCUAUGUCGUUGUUGGUGGUGGGCCAUAUAUUCGCCCUGGGGCAUUAGUGAUGGCGGCAUGGAUUUCCCUAGGACGACGUAUCUCUUUGGGCCCACCUGCUCUUUGCUCCCUUUAUUACUCACUUCGGCGAAUUUGUACUCAUCCAAUUGGCCCCUCAUUCAUACACAGGAUUUGGCCGUUCCACUACCUUGCUGGAUGGAUGGGCGUGUACCUCAAGAAACCCUAUGGAAACACAACAAAAACGCCAAAUUUCCCGAGCUCCAGAAUUUUGGCGGUACAACCUAAUAUGGUGAACACCAUGUUUAAGACGCCACGUCAUUUUACACCUAAAGAGGCACAUGCUUUCCUCGAUGACUCUAAGAAUAUUGUUUGGAACCCCUAUUCUCUCACUAUGGAAGGUGUGUUCAAACCCAAGAGGGCUUUCUUAAUUUCUAUUCGUCGAGGCAUGCUGCCGUGGAGGCGUGGUACUAUCACCGCCGAUGUGUGUAUAGCUGAACCAUAUCACCCAGAUCGAGUGGCACGACAGUUUCGUCUUGACCAAGUUGUACCCUUUUCUCCUCUAGCGAGCCUGUAUACUCAAGACGAAAUUGGAAUUGCCUAUGCUUUUUGGUCACACCUAUUAUCCUUUGCUCCUGAAGAAUUCCACUAUUUUCCUGACGAUGAUCGAGUUGGAAACUCCUCUGUAGCAUGGGCUAAUUGGUGGAAAAAAUUUCUAAAGCCUUUCGCUGACAUUCUGGGCCAACUUUGCAAUGGCAACAUGACUGGGAAGACCCCUUAUGAUGUAAGGAUAAUAAGCGUGCACUACAACACAAUAUCAAGCCUCGCCCAUUGUCUGAUAAAGAUUUUAUGGCGGUGA